AUGCAUGAUCUUCUCUCAUACAAUCCUGUAACUGGGGAGUGGAGAGCGCUAGCAGGACGUGCUCCACCUCGCUACAACUACAUGGGUGUUGCAGUUUUGAAUAACUUUUUGUAUUUAGUGGGUGGCCUUCUUUUUAAUGAAGAAGCGGAAAAAUCACUAGAAAGAUAUUCUUUUGAACAGAACAAAUGGUUUAAGUUUUCAUCAAUGAAUUUUGAUCGAAGUAUCCCAGCAGUUGUUGCCACAAAUUCUCUGUUAUAUGUCAUAGGAGGUCACCGUCAAAAUAACCUUAAUAGAUUGGAAGAUGAUUGGACUGGGAUAUCUUCUAUGGUGACCCCACGAUGUCAUUUUGGAUUAUGUGCUCAUGAAGGUUACCUUUAUGCCUUCGGUGGUAGGACGAAGGGAUGUGAUGACAUAUCCCCAAAUAUUGAAAGAUAUGAUCCUUUUGCAGAUGAGUGGAGAUUAUUAGAGUCAAAUAUGCCAAAAGUUAUAUCCCAUGGACGUAUGGACUCUUAUAACCCCUUUCAUGAACUUCUCUCAUACAAUCCUGUAACUGGGGAGUGGAGAGAUCUAGCAGCACUGAGUGCUCCACCUCGCUACAACUACAUGGGUGUUGCAGUUUUGAAUAACUUUUUGUAUUUAGUGGGUGGUCUUUUUAAUGAAGAAGGGGAAAAAUCACUAGAAAGAUAUUCUUUUGAACAGAACGAAUGGUUUAAGUGUUCAUCAAUGAAUUUUUGGCGAAGUAUCCCAGCAGUUGUUGCCACAAAUUCUCUGUUAUAUAUCAUAGGUGGUCAUCGUCCCAAUGACCACCUUGAACUGAACCAAUGGUUUAAGUGUUCGUCUUCAGAGUAUUUGGGUCGAAGUAGCCCAGCAGUUGUUGUCACAAAUUCUCUGUUAUAUGUCAUAGGCGGUUACUGGAGUGGUUUGAAUGGAAUUGGAAUGGUAAGGAAAGAAGAUUAA